AUGGCUUCUUUCUCUUCACGUGGACCAAAUUUACUUUUACCUGAAAUUAUCAAGCCCGAUGUAAGAGCCCCAGGGGUGGAUAUCUUAGCUGCAUAUAUUCCUAUUGCUUCUAUCUCAUGUAGCCAAGAUGACAAGCGGCACCUGAAUUAUAGUAUUCUAUCUGGAACCUCCAUGUCUUGUCUGCACGCGGCUGGUGCAGCUGCAUAUAUGAAAGAAGUCCACCCUGAUUGGUCUCCAGCAGCCAUCAAAUCAUCUCCUAUGACUACUGCUUGGGCUAUUAACAUCACUAACAAAAAUAAUGCCCCUGGUGAAUUUGCUAAUGGAUCUGGACAUAUAAAUCCUAUUCAAGCUAUAAACCUAGGGCUAGUGUAUGAAGCAUUUAAGGAAGAUUACAAAAAGUUGCUUUGCUUGGUCAUAGGCAAAGAAAAAGUUAGACUUAUAUCAAGAGAUAACAACACCACUUGCCCUACUGGCUCUGACACAGGAUCUCCAUGGGAUCACAAUUAUCCUUCACUGGCAGUUGUUGUCACACCAAUGGAACCUUUUUCGAUCAAAUUCGAGAGGAUUGUAAAAAAUGUUGGCCUUCCAAACUCCACUUAUAAGGCAAAUAUUUUGGCAACCUCCACUUACAAGGCCAACUUCACACAAUUCAACAUCAAAGUUUUGCCUCAAGUUCUUUCCCUCGAGUCCUUGAAUGAGGAGAUCGAAGACCUUUGA